GUUUUUCCUAAGACAAGUUUAUUUUACAAAAGAACGAGAAAAAGUGAAAAAAAUAAAUGUAAAAGUGUCAAAAGUAACAUUGAAGUUAAAAAUUCUUAUUCUUAUAAAGUCGUAAAAACAUUUCAAAAAAAAUAUUAAGAUAGGACUUUGUGAAUUAAGAAAAAAAUAAAAAUGUCAGGAAAAAGGAAAAUAUUUAUGAUGAUACUUGCAUAUUUUAUCAGAAAUGUAUGGACAGAAACACUGGAUACGAAUGAGACUCCCGAAGGCUACUAUGCCUUCAUAGAAUCAAGGAACGCAAUUCCACCAAAAGUAAAACAACCUCCAUACAUUCAAGUCCAAGAAGAAUGUGUCAAUACCGAUUCUAAAGAUGUUUCCAUUCAUAACUUAUGUGGAGACUUAAAUGCUGGAAAAAUACCAAGAAAUCCACUAAAACAAAAUAUUAUGGGCGAGCCAUAUCCUGAACUGAUCAGAAAUCAUACGUUGAAAUUCUUAUCAAAAGCUUUACCAGCACUUAAAGCUGACGGAAGUUUGCCAAAAGUCACGGAAAUUUUCCAAGAACAAAUUUUAGAUGGUCAAUAUAGUAACAAUAGAAUCAAGAGACAAAAACGAGAGUCGUCAGAAAAAGUGGAAAUCGAAAACAGACAGACCAAAAGGUUCUGCGAAGAUGGAACUGGCAUAUUCUGUACGAUCUACCGAGCGAUCAGUGGGGACUCUUCAAAGUCAGAAAAUGCGGCUGAACGUCGAGAUGAAACUACCGCUGUUCGAUAUGACUCUCCUCCCACCCCAUGUCCUGCUAGGGUUGAAUAUGUGACACCUAUUUAUGCAAAAUCCUACUUGGGUUCUUGGCGAUAUGUUGUACAAAUCCCGUACGAAGGGUACUUUACACAAACUAUCGAAGUAACAAAGUGUCUGCAAGUCAGAUGUUACUACUUGGAUGGUGGAUGCCUAUCAACGCCUCGAUGGGUUAGUUUAUUAGUAGCGGAAAUAUUUUAUCCCAACUCUGCAAAUACACACACUACUUCGACAACAGCAGCUCCAGUUCCACCAAUUCACGACUUUGAGGAGUAUCAGCAGUAUUUGCAACAUCGAGCAUCAAAUGAAUUGACUCAAACUACCGAAAAAACUCCAGAAGUCGCCUUACAAUGUGAUGGAUAUGAUAGUAUUGGAUGUUACCAAAUACGUUUAUACUACGAUUGGUUUUUGAUACCAGGCUCCUGUAAGUGCUGGAAACCAGAUUAUUUUUCAAAAUAUUUGAGAAAAAGACCAGCUACUCCGGACCUCUAAGGCAUU